AUGGGGUGGUUGACAUCGCUACAACCGUACUACGGUACUACGGCAUGGUAUGCACAUUUCUUCUGUUCAUUGAUCCCACAUCACACCACAGCCUUCAUGCAACCUGCACAUCUCUCUCCACACGUCUCCUGCCCAGGGGGCACUCCCUUUUACUACAACUUCACUAGGCAAAAACCAGCACAACCUUAUCGCUGCUCUGAUGUACCCUUGGGUACCUGUCUCCCAGACCUCAUCCCCUUACCGUCGUCUGCUGCACACACUAUCUACACAUCUGUCCCCUCUCCUGUGCUGCACCCCACCGCUCCCUGCCUGUCAUAA